AUGAACGUGGAAAAUGUUGGUAUUCCGGAAGCAAUAAUACAGGAAGUUCUUACAGUAGUAGAAGUUGUGCAGAAUGAAGAUGUGAAUAUUAUAAAAUAUGUGGAUGGGACAAAUGGAACAGUAGUGAAUAUGCUAGUGAAAAUUAAUUCUUGGGCCAAUGUAAUAGAGAAGGAAAUGGUAACUUCUAAUGCCGGUGUAUCUACUUCUACCAGUCCUAUUAAUCAUAAGGUGUCUCCUAAAGCUCCACUAAACAACAAAUAUAAUUUUAGGAAAAAUCCUGUUUCUGGAGUACAUGGUCAUGUUAAGUUGGUUCAAAUAAGGUUUUUAUGGUCUGAAAUGAAGCUAAUAAGUGAUUUAAAUAAACCAUGGAUCGUUCUUGGGGAAUUUAAUGCUAUAUUAUCUCAAGAUGAGAAAAUAGGUGGUAAAUCUCCUAACAGAAAUUCAAUUUUAGAAUUCAGUGACUGCUUAAAUCAGUAUUGUUGGAUAAAAUCAGUAGUUGGUGAUCCAACUUUUCAGUUUCUACAAAAAUUGAAGAACUUAAAGAAGGUUUUAAAUGAGUGGAAUUGCAAUCCAUUUGAUGAGGAGGCUCUUAAAGAAUUAGUAAAAGCUCAAAAUGAUCAUGCUAGUAUAGGAGUUCAAGAAAAUACUUUAUUAAGGCAAAAAUCCAGGGUGAAAUGGAUUAAAGAAGGAGGAGCUAAUACUAGUUUAUUUCACACUAAUAUGAAAAUAAGGAAUGCUAAAAACAUGAUUAGUGAGUUGGAAGACAAUGAAGGAAAUGUGAUUGCUGAUCAAACUCAAAUUGCAGAUUUUUUGGUCAAAUAUUUUCAGAAAAAAUUUGAAUUCCAACAUGUAGAUAUUGAUGAAACAUUGUUAGAAGUGAUACCAAAGGUUAUUGAUGAAGAAGAUCAAGCAAAAUUGGAUGUGAUUCUUGGGGAAGAAGAUAUAAAGAAAAUUGUGUUUGAAAUGGAUCCUGAAAGUGCUCCUGGACCAGAUGGAUUUUCAGGCAUAUUUUACAGAAGCUGUGCAAAAACAACAAAUCAGUUUAGGCCAAUUGGCUUAAGUAAUGUGGUUUUUAAAAUUUUCACCAAGUUGAUCACCAGCAGGAUGUGUGAGUUAAUGAAGAAAUUAAUAUCUCCUCAACAGGCUGCUUAUGUGCAUGGGAGAAACAUUCAUGAACAAGUAAUGUUGGCGUCUGAACUUGUGAAUGAAAUGAAAUUCAAAAGAAGAGGAGGGAAUGUUGGAAUGAAGCUUGAUAUACAAUCAACAAGAAUUUCAGUGAUGGUCAAUGGUGGUCCAUGUGGAUUUUUCCAAGUUGAGAGGGUAUUAAGAAAUAUCUCAUCCUUAGUGGAGAAGGGUAAGAUACAAACAAUGGUAACAAAAAAAGGUGUUCAUCCAACUCAUCUGUUUUUUGCAGAUGAUAUUUUCAUCAUCAGUAAUGGAGGAAAAAAGAUUACUACUAAUCUUUUAAAGCUCCUAGAAUGCUAUCAAGCAAGUUCUGGUCAAAUAAUCAAUAAGCUUAAAGGUAAGCUUUUUGUGGAUGGAACUACUCCACAGAGGAAGCAAUUGAUUAGUGCUCUUGUUAACAUGGAGGUUGGAAAAUUUCCAGAUAAAUAUCUGGGAGUGUUACUUGCUCCAGGGAGGAUAACCUCAGCAAUGGUUUGGCCUAUUAUGGAACUACUUCAGAGAAAAUUGGCCUCUUGGAAAGGUAACAUGUUCUCAUUUCAAGAUAGAUUGGUUCAUGUUCAAUCAGUUUUAUGCAGCAUCCCCAUCUAUAAUAUGUCAGUCUACAAGUGGCUUGCUUCUAUUCUUGAAGUUUAUGAAAAAAUUAUUAGAAAAUUUUUGUGGACUGGUGAUGUAGAGAAGAGGAAAUUUAAAACAAUCUUAUGGAAGAGAGUGUGUAAACCUUAUGAAGAAGGGGGUCUUGGUAUUAAAAGAUUGGAGGUGAUAAACAGAUCACUACUAAUGAAGAUGUUAUGGAAGAUUCUUAAUUCUGAUCGAGAAUGGGCUUUAUUUUUUGAUGCUAAAUUUCAAAAUAAGUAUGGACAAUGGAGUACUUGCAAGAAGCAAUCUUCAGUAUUGAAUGGUCUGAAAUGGGCUUGGAAUGUUUUACAAGAAAAUAUAAGGUGGACUGUGGGUAAUGGAGCAUCCAUUUCUGUGUGGUUUGAUAUUUGGUAUGGUGAUGUUCCAUUAAUUAGCACAAUGGGUUACACUGAUUACGUUAAGGAAAAAAUUGGAAUGAAGGUGCAAGAUUUGAUUUAUGAAGGAAAUUGGAGAUUUGAUUUAGCAAGUCAUUGUAUCUGCUGGUUUGCUAGUAAUAAUUGGAGGCAAUGA